AACGUCGUCGUGUGAUGUUUCCCUUUCUCCCCAUUGGCUCGCGCUAACACAUCUCCCACGAGCUCUUCAUUGCCCAACGGAAUCUCUCUCUCUCUCUCUCUCUCUCUCAGUCCUCCAUUGCCAAACCUUCAACUAAAACUUGGAGCAGUGCACCAAAAACCCAUCAGACCAACCAAGCUUCCAAAUUCUCUACUCCCAACUCUCUCAUUUUAUCUGAUUGAUAUUUGAUUGAAUCAAUGAGCUCCCUGGAUUGAAUUCAUUCGGGUCCCAUUUUUGGAGCUUACUUUGUGCCCAGCGACUCGCUUGGUUUUACAGGAAUGAGAAUUUGUGGUGAGUAACUAUGGAGAAAGAGACUCAGCGUUCGAUGUCUUUCCGCACAAACCGUAGAGGCGAGCGAAGUAAUCAUAGCUCGCAUUCUAAAGAUGUUGAAGGUGGAAAGUUGCAUCAAGAUUAUCACAUGAAGAUUGUUUGGAAGAAGGGUUUUAUUCGGUUGUUUCUUGUAGGGGGGAUCUUAUGGAUGUUUCUUAUUCUUUUCGCAUCUUUGAUUCAUAUCUGGUCCUGCCAUUCUUCUAUCACAUUUGUUUCAGGUAUGUGUAACAAAGAGAGCAAGGUUUUCACAAUGUGGAGCAACAUAGGACUUGUAUCAAACUCACAAUCCCAACACCGGUGUCCAAUUCCCGUUGUGAGCGAUCCUGAGAAAAUAGUUAUUCCAGAAGGAAGAACUCCUGACAAAAUUGUAAAAAAAUUGUCUUUUGUUACAAAGGAUGGGCAUUCAAAUAACGGAUCUCAGAGUACUCCACUGUUUGGAGGACUCGAAAGCUGGGCCCAAAGAGAAGAUAGUUUCAAGCUAAAACCAUCAAUGAAGGUUCACUGUGGAUUUAUUAAAGGUGGUGGGGCUGACAUGUCUGUUGAAGAUAUCAAUUAUGUCAAGAAAUGCAGAUUUGUGGUUGCUUCUGGCAUCUUUGAUGGUUAUGAUAUUCCACAUCAGCCUUCAAUUCUAAGUCGUCGUUCUAAAAAACUAUUCUGUUUUCUUAUGGUAGUCGAUGAGAUCUCUCUUGAUUUUAUAAAGGGAAAUGUUACUGUUAAGGAGGAUGCGAAGGGGGGAAAAUGGGUUGGUAUUUGGCGUCUCAUUCUAUUGAAACAUCCGCCUUAUGAUGAGCCAAGAAGGAAUGGGAAGGUUCCGAAGAUUAUAACCCACCGACUGUUCCCUGAAGCACAGUACAGCAUCUGGAUUGAUGGUAAAAUGGAGCUAUUAGUUGAUCCAUUGCUAAUGCUAGAGAGAUACUUAUGGCGUGGAAAAAAUACGUUUGCCAUUGCUCAGCAUAAGCAUCAUCACAGUAUAUAUGAGGAAGCUGACGCAAACAAGCGAAGGAAGCGAUAUGCUCGGCCUCUUCUUGAUCUUCACAUGAAAAUUUAUCGCUACGAAGGAAUGGAGCCAUGGAGUCCCAAAAAGAAAACAGUUAGUGAUGUGCCGGAAGGAGCCAUCAUCAUACGGGAACAUACUGCUAUGAGUAAUCUGUUUAGUUGUUUGUGGUUCAAUGAGGUUGACCUCUUCACUCCAAGAGACCAACUGAGUUUUGGUUAUGUAGUGUACAGAUUAAAGGGUAUGUUCGAGUUCUUUAUGUUUCCAAAUUGUGAGUACAAUUCCCUGUUCGUGUUGCAUCCACACAUACGGGAGCAUUCUUCUCGAAUAGAGUGGGUAACAAAUUGGGAUCAGCUUAAAGGAAAUGCUAAGAUUUCAAAUAAGGGUAAGGAUUGGGACCAAGCUAGUGGGAGCAAGGAUAAUUUGGUUGAGAGCAGAGGAGGGUUAGGCUUGUGGACUCCUUAUCCAGGGAACCUGGAUGCAGUUGUUCUUCCCCCAGUAGUAAGAGCAUCCAAAGCCGGCUGAGGUUCAUUCUUAUAUCCUUCUCGGUAUUCAGAUUAAUUUUUUCUUGAGAUUUCUUCGUUGUUUCAUUCUGAGAAGAAGAAUGGUGGUGUUGGUUGUUUAAAUUCGGUGGAAAUCUGUACCACGAAGUUGGAAAAAUCCUGAAAUGUCAGCGAUUCCUUGUAUAAGAUCGAAAGGUGAAGAGAGAUAUUGAUGGAUAUGAGCUUGUUUGCAUAUAUGUACAAUCUUUAAGCUUUUUCAAAUCAUGGAAAAAAAUGAAAGAAUGUGUAGGUGCAUUAUAUUUAUCAAGGAUGUAAGAUGAAGGAACUUUCACGGUCGAUGUUGGCGCUGCUUAGUGAUUUCAAUGAAAGGAAAAGAAAAUGGUGUUUUGGGAACUAAGAUGCCAUGAGAUUAUUUCCCUUGUUUUGAUGAUGUUUCCUCAUUAGGGAAGAUUUGUAUGUGUACAAGCAGUUGCAGUGUCUUAAAGAUAAUGCAAUUUUAACUAAAUUCAGUAAUAUUUGCAUUGCUCAUCUCUUCUUGUGCUUAAAAUUCUUGGUUAUAAAUUGGAGGAAUUGUGUUA